AUGAUAAGGCUAAGGGAUGCUACGCAAUAUUUACAAACCUCUAUUUCAGUAGCGUUCAAUACAACAACUGCAUCAACACCUACUGUUCCGAACAUCAUCAUGUCUUCAAUCUUCAUUGCUGGCUUACUUCUGUUGUUCGCAUUCUUGACAUGUGUUGUAUGUGGUAUACUGAUUGCACGACGCAAAAAUCAAACAACGAAAAACUAUCGCAAAAAACGAUCGAAUAUGUUGGUGACGAGUGUUGGGCAAAAAGGCAUAUCCACUGAUCUCUAUUCAGCGCACGGGAACGACUUCCAGUUCCAGAAGGGAGCACUCUUUCUGGAUAACGACAAGAAAUGGCAACCGACAACCUGGGGUGGAAACAAUCUAAAAUCGCCGUCUUGGUCAAACUUUCAUUUUCCGCCACCUCCAUCCGAGUUCGGAAGGGAAACACUGUUUUCGAUGUUUACCGAGAAAACGAAUCUUAAGCGUCACUCGGCUCCCGUCGGUGGCCACCGAUCAAACUCUAAUUGGUAUAGCGCAUAUUAUGGAAAUAUGAGGCGUUUUUUGUAUUUUGCAGAAAUGUACGGCGUUGAUGAAUCUUCUGCAGAACCUUUGCUAGGACGAAUGACAACGCCGACUCUCGUCCCAACUGCACCAUCUCCACGACGAAAUCACGUUGAUCGCACUUGGCCUAAAAAGCGACUUCUCGAUGACAAUCUGCAUUACGCCACUUCGAACGUUACGGAAUCAGCUAAAAGUUACAAACCAAUUCCAGUGGAGAAAAUUGACUCGCGCUCGGUUCUGCUAGGUGCUGAACUUGGCGAAGGACGUUUUACCAUUGUGAGGAUUGCGAAACUUCGUGAUAAAACUGUUGCGACAAAAAUGAUUAAGGAGACCACUCCACAGGCUAAGUUAGUUUCUUAG